GGUAUCUGUAGUCAAAACGAAAAAGAAGAAGAAGAUAAACAUGGCGUCCGUCAGCAGUGAUGAGUGGAGAGCUAUUUGUGACAAAUUCACCAACGCCCAGAAUUUAACCGUUGUAGAAUCACUUAAUGACCCAGACAAUGACCCGUUCCGCUCCAAAUACAAGGCCAGGGAGCUCCUCAGGGAGAUAUACUGCUCGCUGAAGAGUUUUGAGGCCGGGGAAGGUGAGGAGGAGAGCGGCGGAGAGACCGGAGAGACCGGAGAGAGCGGCGAGCAGCUGCCGGUGGAGGCUCCGGUAGACGGGCAGACUGAGGAGGCGUUCAGUCAGGGCUUCUGCGGAGACUCUCCAGCCGGGCUGCGGGCCGCUAAACUCGGGGCGGUGGAGUACUACCUGGGCGUCAACCAUGUGGACACAGAGGAGCUGUCCGCUGGGCAGGAGCAUCUGAUGAACAGCAUGAAGCUGCUGGGGAGAUGCAGGGUAUCAUCGGAGAAUGUGUCACUGUUUAUCCAUGCCAGGAACCAGUUGGGCAUCCUGUGGGCCGGCCGCGAUGAGACGGAGACCGCUCAGGGAUUUCUUGAAACGGCUGAAUCUAUCUACCAACGUUAUAUGAAAGAGGAUGGAAGUCCACCCACUGACAUGGCAGAUUACUUCAGUACUGAAGAGAACCAGUUGACACAUCAGGAAAGGACCAAGAGGUUUGAGUUGGCCUACACCCAUACCAUGUACUACCUUGCACAAGUCUAUAAAAACCUUGGUGAAACUGAGCGUGCUGCCAUCUACUGCCACAGCACCCUGCAGAGACAGUUAAAGUUAAAUCAGUUCAGUCCUAUGGAGUGGGCUCUGAACGCUGCCACACUAUCGCAGUAUUACAUCACUAAGGGCCGAUACAUGGAAGGCAGACAUUGUCUCUCAGCGGCAACUGUCAUAUCGGGUUUAGCAGGAGAAGUUCCUUCUGAGGCCGCAGCACAGGAGAGUGAGACAGAGAGCGAGCGCAGGGAGCAGCUCAGGCAGAAGAGAGCAGAGAUUGCGAGAUGUUGGAUAAAAUACUGUCUCAACAUUCUGCAAGACUCUAAGAAGCUGCUAGAGGACAGCAUUGGGGAGCUGGAUACAGAUCGUCAAGAAGAAAUGAAGAGAGGGAGGAGACUUGAGGAGGAAGAGGAGGAAAAGGAAAGGAAGAGUGCUAUGCUGUUUGGCUCUGAAGACACCUUUGACUCCAUUGCUAGCCUGGAGGAGAAGGUGCGCUGUUUGUUGCCAAUGGACUUCACCGAGGCCAGAGCCAUAUUUCUGGUGGGACAACAUUAUGUCACACAGGCCAAAGAGUACUUUCAGAUGGACGGCUAUGUGACGGACCACAUAGAGAUCCUGCAGGAUCACAGUUCUCUGUUCCGAUCCCUGGCUUUCUAUGAAGAGGAUCUGGACCGGCGCUGCAAAAUGCACAAACGAAGAGUUGAUAUGAUGGAGCCUGUCUGCAUGGAAUUGAACUCCAAGUACUACCUAAUGAUCCGCAGACAGAUGAUGUUUGAGUUGGCUGAGACCUACAAUGAAAUGAUGGACCUGAAGCUGACGCUAGCCAACAGACAAGAUGAAACAGAAUCUCUUGACAGCCACACCAUUAAGAAAUUUAACAAUCUCUGCUCUGCUUCUGCCAAGUACUUCCAGAUGUUCCUAGACUCUCUGUGUUCUCCGGAGGGGAAGCAGCCGGAGCAUCUGGAGGAAGAGGUGCUCCGACCGGCUCUGGUCGCUCGCUUCAGGGUGGCCCGACUCUACAGCCGGCUGAUUUGCACCUCACCCCCCGGUCAGGUGGAAAACCUUGACAAGUCGCUGGAACACUACAAAUAUGUGGUGGAUUACUGUGACUCCCACCCAGAGGCCGUGGCCACAGUGGAGACGGAGCUGGAGCUGAGUCGGGAGAUGGUCGGCCUGCUCCCUCUCAAAAUCAACCGCAUCAAAGCAAAGAUCCCCGCCAACAACUGAAGGACGCCCCCUCUCUCACCUGACUGACUAGUUGUCUACUACAAGUGUAACAUCUCCCAAAAAAUGAGUCGGUCGAUCUAAAUCAGGGGUGGGGAACCUUUUUCCUCUCAAGGGCCAUUUCAAUGUUUUCAACAUCCUCCGAGGGCCGUACAAAUUAUUGACCUCUGCUUAAAAAAACUAAAAUCACAGCCCAUUAAUUUCACCUUUCUUUCAUGCUGUGCAAAGAAAAAGCAACCUUUUAAUCCAGAUAUCUUGCCAUGACUCGCGUAUGCAUGCACGUGCUCGGUUGUGGCAUGACCUCCAAAACAGAAAGAUAUGGACACAAGAUGUGUGCAAAUGUAUUUUGUUUCCUAUCCAUGUGAACAUGAUUUAAGUGGGGGGGGACCUAACCUCCUCUAGGGGGGUCCGGGGGCAUGCUCCCCCGGGAAGAUUUAUUUUGCGGUCUAGAUUUCUUUAAUUUUUUUCUUUUUUGCGUGUGUUUAUAAAUUACCUCGAGGACCACACCAAAUGGUCUCGCGGGCCGUAUACGGCCCGGGGGCCGGAGGUUCCCCACCCCUGAUCUAAAUGUACCACCUUUUACAAUCAGUGGACACUCCCUACAAUUAGAGAAACUGGACAGUGAAGGACUUUCUUGCUUAUUUAACCACAUCUUUCUUGGCAGUGUUCAUGCUGCAUUUACAAGACCUUUGAACCCAUCACACACUGUAAAAAUGUGCUCUCCUCUGUGAAGUAAAAUUUGAUUUGAACUCAAAUACCACAGUUAAUAUACUCUCUUCAAAAUUAUCAUGUAAAUGUCUUCCUCACUAAUUGAGAUCAGUUGAUAAUAAUCAACUAAUAAUAAUUGUUUGGUUUCAUUUUAUUUUACUAUCGUAAGUGACCGAGUUCUGAUUCAUGUUGUUCUCUAUGUUAAACAUGUUUUGUUUUUUUAUCACUCAUUGUCAAGCACUUUAGCACACUGAACUUUUGUUUCUUCAGCUACUAUCUGAUGUUAAAACAAAUGUUAAAGCCUACAGAUAGUACAUGGGUCAGUGUAACCAUGGUAAUAACAAUAGGCAGCCAUCAGUGCAGAUGGGCUUAGACUACUGACAGGUUGUUGUUGUUGCGCCUUAAAACUGAGAAGCUUUUUCUGCAAACUGAGAAACAGUCAUAAAGUGGGCUUAUUCGUGUUGGUUUAUGAGGUAUUAUAAUCUGCAUGAUGCCGAUCCCAGCUUUGACCAGGUGAACUCUAAUAUAUACUCUUGUAUAUUUCUUUCCUGCCUGUGAUGAAUCACAAUGUUAUCUUGUUUGUUGUACAGCAGAUAAUGUAUGUUAUGGUGAUAAACAAGUAAAGAACUUCACACCUAUGACAAAAUA